AUGUCCACAACACCCAACCUUGACGCCCUCCAACGCGACGGCUUCGUCGUUGUCCGAAACCUCCUCACCCCCACCGAAAUCACCCACUACCGCACCAUCGCCACAGAAGCCACCACCAAAACCCGCACCGGAAGCUGGCCUCACUUCCGCACCGUCCCCAAACAAUUCCCCCCCAUGGCCCUCCACUCCACCUCCAGCCUCCGAGGGCGGAAUCUGGGGCGCCGCGACGCCUUCGCAAAAUGCUACUUCUCCCCGACAAUCCUCGCCGUUGCCGAAGAACUAAUGGGCGUGAACUCCAGUGCAACAACCAAUGACGAACCCCUCGUCAUGGAACUCUUCAAUCUCCUCGUCGCGCCGGAAACAAAAGACUUCGAACUCCGCUGGCACCGCGACGACGUCGCUGAAACUGCCACCGCCGAAGAAGAAAUCUCCCAAUUAGCCGCAAAAUCGCCCGGCGGCCGCCAGUCACACGCACAAUAUAACCUCGCCCUCUGCCGUGACGCCUCACUGAUCGUCGUGCCAGGUUCGCAUCGUCGUGCACGUACAGACGCAGAGCGCAAUGCGGAUCCCUACGAGCCGCAUAUGCCCAACCAGCUCAUUGUCGAGCUACAGCCCGGCGACGCGGUCUUCUACGAUAGUAAUAUCCUCCACCGCGGGACGUACAAGCAUAAGCCUGCCAGCGGGGAGGAGACGCGGUUGACGCUUCAUGGUAGUUUGGGGUUGAAGAGUGCUGAUGCGGGUGAUGCGGAGAAGAAGAAGGUGCGUGCUACGGCGGUCUUGCAGCAUGGUGUUGGGGCUUGGGUGCAUCGGGAGGAUGCGGCUUUCGGGCUUGGGGAGAGACCGGAGAAAAUGCGGGCGAAUCUUGUGGCUAUGGGGACUGGGGAGGGGGUGGGGUUCUCUUUGCAGGGAUAG